GCCAUGGGGCUGGGACCAGCUGCCUCCUAGGUGCCGGCGCUUGGCUUCGGACUGCUGUGCGUCCUCUCCCCGCUGCCGGGGCCUCUUCUCCCCGCCCCGCUGCACUCCAGGGUCGGCCCGGGGGCUGGCGUCCUCCCCCGCCCCUGCCUCUCCCGUGAGCGCUCGCCCCGGUCGGCUCCCCGCCGUCUCUCCCUCUCCCCGGCCGUGCGGAACCCUGCCGUGACUCCGCGGGGGAGGCGGAGCGGGGGGAACAUGGAAGAGAAGCGGCAGGCGCAUCAGGUUGAAAUCGACCCGGAUUUUGAACCCCAGAGCCGGCCCCGUUCCUGCACCUGGCCGCUGCCUCACCCCGACUUCCCCGGGGAGGAGGAGGACGGAGGCGCGGCGGCAGCCGGUGGCUCCCGAGCUCCCGCGGCCGGCGGAGCGGCAGAGGGCUCGGAGAACACGGGAGCCGUGGCGGAUCGCAAAGCCGCUUCGGCGCUGCCUUCGCUGGGGGCGGAUGUUGGACAGCUCCGCAAGGCGAAGAACUCGCGGCGCAAUGCCUGGGGCAACCUGUCCUACGCGGACCUCAUCACCAAGGCCAUCGAGAGCUCCCCGGAGAAGCGGCUCACCUUGUCCCAGAUCUACGACUGGAUGGUCAGAUACGUCCCCUACUUUAAGGAUAAAGGAGACAGCAACAGCUCUGCCGGCUGGAAGAACUCGAUUCGGCACAACCUGUCCCUGCACACCCGCUUCAUCCGCGUGCAGAACGAGGGCACCGGCAAGAGCUCCUGGUGGAUGCUGAACCCCGAGGGCGGCAAGACCGGCAAGCCGCCCCGCCGGCGCUCUGUGUCCAUGGACAACAACAGCAAGUUCCUGCGCAUCAAAGGGAAAGCCAGCAAGAAGAAGCAGCUGCAGGCGACUCAGGAGCGUGGGGAGGAGAGCCCGUCCUCCCAGCAGGCCAAGUGGUCUGAGAGCCCCGCCUCCCACACCAGCGAUGAGUAUGAUGCCUGGGCCGACUUCCGGACACGGGCCAACUCCUCGGCCAGCACGCUGGGCGGGCGCCUCUCCCCAAUCCUGUCCAGCCACGAGCCGGACGAGCUGGAAGAGGACGACGGCACCCCAUCCUCCCCGCUGAUGUACCCCAGCCCCUCCAGCACCAUGUCUCCCUCCCUAACCAGCAGGUGCUCCGUGGAGCUGCCCCGGCUGACCGACCUGACCGGCACCAUCAGCCUGAACGAAGGGCUUGGUGAGAGCCUGCUGGACGAUCUGCAGGACAGCUACAACAUGAGCCCUUCCCAGCCGCUGCCCUCGGGCGGCCUCAGGCAGAGGAGCUCCAGCUUCACCUUCAACUCCAAGUGCUCGACGCUUGGGGCACCCACUAGCACGUACUGCGGGACCAUCUACAGCCAGCCCGCCAUGAACCUGCUGCGGCGUCUGCCCAUGCAGACCAUCCAGGAGAACAAGCAAGCUACCUUCUCGCCCGUCGGCUCCUACCGGAACGCCUCGCUGCAGGACCUGCUCUCCUCCAUCUCCUACGUGCACAAGGAGAGCAUGGCUCAGGGCGAGCCGCCCAUGGCUCAGGCCGGCGUCCUGGCACCGUCCCGCAGCCACAGACAGAGUGCCCUCAUGUGCGGAGGUGGGGAGCUGGGCUUGUCCUCUUACCCCGCCCACUCGGCCUCCCUCAUGAAGAGCAACACUUUGUACCACCCGUCACCAGCCAGCCACCACCCUGCUGUCAGCAACAGUGCCUUACCCACUCCUAUCAGCCUUAUGAGCUUGCCUAGUGACUCCUGCAGCAUGGCAGCCAUGCCCCACCACGGGCAUCUCCAUCCCUACGUCAAUACCCAGGGGGCACACAUGAGCUUGCUGGAUUCCCUCCAGGGCCCUUACCAAGGGGCGAUCCACCCCCCUGUUUUGGGCCAGGACAGGUUCCCAGCAGACCUUGACCUGGACAUGUUCAACGGCAGCUUGGAGUGCGACGUGGAGUCCAUUAUCCUCAAUGACUUUAUGGACAGCGACGAGAUGGACUUCAACUUCGACUCGGCUCUGCCCCCGCAGAAUGGCCUCAACAUGGCCACGCUGCCCAGCGCCCCCCAGCCCCCCAACCAGAGCUGGGUGCCUGGCUGAGACAAAGCUGGAUGCUUCCCACCAAGGAGUCACAUGGGGAACAGUGAAACAGACUUUUUUUUCCUUUCUCUUCUGCCUUUAUUUGUUCUGACGGGCUAGAGCCAUCUGUUAAACCGGAGAGCCACCCUGACCACAAGCCGCAGGGUGACAGAUCCGUACGGGCGCAGGACACGGCCCCGCCAGCCAGUCCAGACGUAUCACCCGCAUUGAUGUGUGCGCCAGACUAGCUAGCUCAGGCUCUGCUGGGGAGCCCCAGGCCCACCCCAGUUCUCUCCCUAGCACGGUAAAACAAAAGAGAAAGCACAUCAGGUGUGGACAUAAAGGCAGUCUGGUUAAUUGCACGCCCUGUCCCUCCUCCGCCCCUAGGGGGGUUCCCAGCCGAGGCAGUGCAGAGUCUGGACCCAAGGCAUUCGCUUUCCAAAUUGCCCCACCGGUGACUGGCCCCACCCUUUGUGCUCUUGUUUGGUUUAGUUCUCCCCAGGACGGACAGUGGGUGGCAGCCCUGGAGCAGAGGCAAAAUGACUGCAAAGGCCCUUGUUUUCCAGGGCAGGCUCAGAAAAUUCAGCUGCGGCGAUCAGGAGCGGUGGCUGGCUGAGAGGAGGCUCCCCCCAGCAGUCAGAGUUAGCGUCAGCCUGCAGCCCCUUCCACCCACUCACCCUACAGCAGACCAGUGGAUUUCCAUGUACUGUUUAAGCCUGUUCUAGAACCUGAUAUAACCCCGGGGUAGCUGGGGAGCCAGGGAAAGCCUCUGAACUCUGGAGCUAGCAGCUGUGGUCGCUUGCUGGCAGCACCCACGCGCACGGGGCUCUCUCCAGAGUUUGAUUCUGGAUUCUGAGCCAAUUUGAUCUCAGCCAGCUUUGGGGAUGGCCACGUUUUCAAUCAUCAGAGCCUGAAAAAAUCCCAACCCACUGACAACUGGCAGCUGUCUGUAUACAACAUGCCUGGUGCCAUGCACAGCUGGUGUGUGCAUGGGUGGGGGCACAGGCGUGCAUGCCCCUGCAUGUGCAAAUGCCGGCUUUGCAGGUGCGUGUUUUGCAGGCCCAGGAGCCUGUGUGAGGCUCGUGGCCGCCUAUUGGGAGGGGCAUGCUGCUAGCCUGGAUCCCUGCUGGAGAGGUAGGCUGGCGGAGGUUAGAGGGUGGGGGGGGGAGUUAUUUAUUUGAUUUCACGCACUCUCUUGCCAUUGAAUAAUCACCUUGUUAGAAGAGCAAACGGGAGAGCCGUGCUGGGAGCUAUGCCCUGCACUGGGGAGGCAGUCCGCAGGCAGCGCGUGCUCACGGGAGAUGGCAGUUAAUAAUCAGGGAUAUGCAGAGGGUUGGGAGAUGAUUGCAAAACCUGGAUCUAGCUUGUGAUGCAGAACAUCCCCAGAGUUUGAGGUGCUCAGCGCCGGGGCACUGGACCUCCCAGUGGGACUUGGGGUUCAAACACUUGUUUCCCUCUGCAGAGCUCACUGUGCCCCUGCAUUUUCAGACCAUUUAACCCACCACCAGCAAACCCUUCCCUCCCCUGCCCCAUGGGUCGGUACGCAGGCUCUGGGCUGGUGCCCGGGGGCUGCCAGUCUGUCAGGCAAGGCAGAGGUGCUAUUGCUCCCCGCACCAGGGAGCCACUGGGGCUAAAUGUCAGGGUCUAGCAGCAGGGCCCUCCAGGAGUCAGCAUGCUUUCUGAGCACUGCCCAUCUGAGCUGGGCGGGUGGGGCCAGCAGCGCAGCGAGCACGAGCGGGCACAGUAGGUGCUCAGCAUUAGGGGACGAGCCAAUCGGAGGGAGGAUCCUUCACAUUAAGUGAGAAGGGUGCCGAUCCCCUUGCCUCUGCGAGAGUGGCCAGAAGAGCCAGGAGUGGGCCCGGGGCUCAGCUGAAGGUUGGCAGCUGCAGCACAGGGUCUAGCUGGGCAGUGGGCUCUGCUGGCCCCCAGGCCAGGCAAGCAUGUCCGUACAGCAGGGUUUUGUUCAACAACGACGGGCCUGAGGCAGACCCAGAGCCUGGCCUGAGCCUUGUAGACAGUCCCUGUCUCUCUAACAAGUCAAGCCCAAACACCAUCUGAGCUCUGGGGCUGGAGCUUUUCCUUGGGGGUCCAGCUCCUCCUGAACUGGGGCCCGGCUCCUGGCUCUGAAAUGAAGACCCACGUUGUUUCCAUGGCGCUUUGCUCUAGGUUCGCUGGUCCUUUGGACUGUGGGCCUCGAGCGACCCGGGCGCAACCCCCUGGGUGGGAGCCAAGGUUUCUGUGAACUCUGACUGUAGGACACAGGUCUGGUGUUUCCCAGCCGGGGGGAGGGACAUUUGCCUCCCAAACGAUCUUCCAGGGGCCCCAAAGUAUAGUCAGAGAGGCCGAAUUACGUAGUGAGUGACCCAGCCCUGAGCAGUGAAAGUGACAGUGACAAACUACUGAUGCCAGAGCCAAAUUUUACUUUCUUAAAUGCCAAGAUUUCCUGGGUCUAACCAGGCCUGGGCUCCUGGAAGGCUGGUUGUGUUUUAAACAGCAACCUCCAGGGACCCCAGCAUACACACCAGCCCCCCAAGAAAGGGACCCUAGAACUGGCCCUGGUAUAAUCUCAUGUAGUCGGGAACUGGAGGCUCCCUGACUCCACGUGGCGGCCAGGCUUCAAGGGUCUCUGGCCAGGUGGUCUAGAAAGCACCUGGAGCCCCCCGCAUUGGCCCAUGGAGCCUGUGGCUUUGUCGUCUGGGUUCAGGCUUGUCUCCCAUAGGAGCAGUCAGCAUAGGCACAUCUGAAGGGCAGAGGAGAUCCCAACUGCUGAUGGGUCCCCAUCCUUACGCAAGGUGGAUCCCCGAAGGGCGCUUCCCUCCCCGGUUGGGGCUGUCCCAUGCCCCUGCCCUGUAGCCCCCCUCCUCUGUGAAUGGCCCAGAAGCACCAAGCGCUGUCAGGCACAGAGAAAGGGGUGGGUUUAUUAAAGACCCCAUCUCUCCCCUCCAGCAAUUCUCCCAGCCCCGGGCAUCACAACCAAUGCAUCUUCCAAGGGCCAGGCAACAUGUCCUGAUGGAGGCCAUAGGAGACGGAGCGGCUGCUCCUUGCCUGGGGCAGAGUGGCAUCCUGUGGUGGGCAUACACCAGGUCCUCUUGCCUCACCCGACCAGGGUCCGUUAGGUACCCGGCGUGUGUCUAUGGUGGGGAAUAACAAAGGAGCCCAUUGAUGUACCAUUGAUGUUUGCUCCAGGUACAUAGAGGUCGUAGUCUAUUUAUAAAGACAUUAUUACCAAUUAAUUAAUUAUGUUUACAUUGUUGGAUCAUGUACAGAAUUUAAUAUAUUCUAUUCUAGAUACUCUUUCUCAGAGGCUUUUUAAAAAAUUAUUAUUAUUUGGUCGAUAGCAUACAUUCAUUCAUUCACUCUGUUUCGACACUCCCAUUCUGUUUUCAGACGUAUUUAAUUCAUUGCAGAAAGAAAUUGUCAAUGACAGGUGGCUAUGAAAUACCCAGCCCGCUUGCCCUGCCCUAGCCCGGGGGCGCUAAGGAGGGUUAGAGAGGAGGGGUGUGGCAGGGAGCCGUACUUACCGUGGGGCUGGGGGCUGCAGGGCUGGGACCACCUACUAGGUGCACGAGGGGCGUUCGGGGAGCAGUGCUGCCCUGUGUGAGAGAAAGGAGGGAGCUACCUCCUUCCAAACACCUGAUCUUCCAGGCACAUCCCCGGCAGCACAAUAGAGGAUGGUGGCGUUAGGCACUGAAUGGCAUGUGCCAUCGGCAUGUGGCAUCAGACGGGCACCUCGCCCGCCCCUCCCAGCACCAGCCACACACUUGGGGCUUUGGAUCCAGCAUCACCCCCUCCGUGGCCGGGCCAGUGGCACAGGCUGGCAUCGUCCUUGCCAGGCUUGGUUCUGCUGCAAAGUCUCUGCUCCUCUCGGGUGCUUUCGUUCCUGCUUUGGGAGAGGGGAUGCAGAGGGGAGAGGCGGAGCCUGGUGCACAAGCUCUGCCCCUCUGUAGGAGACGCGCCACUAUCUGGCAGGGAACCCCAGCCCAGGGAGGCCUGGCUCUGUCCUGGGGAUGCAACAGGCUCACUGGGGUGCUUAGUGCUCAGCAUCAGGCCCCGUCCCCACUCCUGCUCUCUGCCAGUCUCAGGGACUCUCCCUGGCCUCUGCAGGCCGGGCGCCUCGACCUGCCCCAGCCCCUGGAGCUCAGUGCUAGCUGGGCCUUAGAGUUUACAUCCCUCCCCCAAAGGAGAUGGGGAGAGGGACAGAGAUGCCCAGGGAGCCCCUUGGCCUUGCCCAGCCCUGAGCAUCCAUUGGUACUUAGAGGAAGCAGCAGGAGGCCUCAGUCAGAGAAGACCCCCCCGGCAUCCCCUGGGCCUGCUCCCCUCGCCCCGCCCCGCCCCGCCCCACCGUGUGUUUGACCUGGGAGGCCAGCCCCGGGCACGUUGUCUUGCGAAGCUGUCUGUGGUUCGUGACCGUGGGGGUGUCGUGUGUACGGUGGAGUUGUGUUGGUAAGCAUUGUGUGUGGCGUCGUCGUGCAGUGCGAGGGGUGUGGUGGCGGGCAGGGAGCUGGGCAGGGCAACCCAUCACCCUGCGUGCCCAGCGACACCCACGCCCUCGGGCAAGGGCACGUCAGCCUCCGGCCUCUGCGGGGGAGUUUAGGUGCAGGGCGGGAGGGGCCCGGGCAGGAGCUAAGGGACCAGUGACCUGUGCAGCACCCCCAGUGCCAGGGCGGGCAGAAGAGAGCAGGGCUGUGCAUGGGGGCAGCGCUGCUCAGGGAUUGGGAUGGAGCGGGGGCCAAGGCACAUGGGGAUGGAUUAGGUGUGCGGGGGGGGGGGGGGGGGGGGGUCAGUCAUUCCCUUGCAGCUCCAUUUCCAUCCUGAACCCUGGGCCCCCGCUCUCCUGUAUGCAAGAGUCAGAUGAUAUGUGCACAGGUCUGGUCUGGGCCCUGGGCACGGCCUCCUGCUCCCCACCUGUCUAGAGACCAGGGCAGGAGAACUGCUCUCCUUGGUGGCAUCGCUGCUGGUUCUGACCCUGGUCAGGGCUGCCAGCAACCCCCGCACUGCAGCUGGGGAGCAUGGGGCCCCCGACGGCCCAGCACGCUGCAGAGCUGGCUCCGUGCCCUGCUGCGGUCUGUGCAGGCCCACGGCAAGGAGCCACGCAUGAGGCUCUCUGGCCUGCGAGCACAUGGCCGUGCUGUCUGCACUGUGCAGGCUGUUGUCAUGUGGCUUGGCCAUGAGUCCACGUUUAAAUACAGCUUCGGGGUCGCGUCCAGGGAGUCCUAGAGACGGCUGGGCUGCCCUGCCCAGCCACGCUGGGCCUCCACAUGAGUGCCAAGCCACCAGCUGCUCGGCUCCUAGCAUGGCUGGGAGCACAGGGAAGGAGAAGGCCAGUUCUUUGAUUUGAAGGAAUCAGCGGGGUUAUUUUAAAUCUCCCUCAUGACGUGAGUCCCCAAGCAUAGCCCAUACCCAGCCCCCCCGGGAGACUCCUCUUCUGAACUUUCCACCUGGUUCCCUAGUGCACUGUCCCCCUCUGCCCCACGCUCCCAGCCUGGCUCCCAUUUCUGGCCUGGUGGGGCCUGACUUCAGUGACUCAGCGAUGGGCACACAAGCAAGGAGCAAUCCGAGAGCGGAGCUGGCUCCCCAGCGGGACAGGGCUCCGCAGAGGGACUGGCUCCAACAGUUUCCUUUAUACAGAUGUUUCAGUUCAUUCUUUCCCACGUAUUUAUAACUGUACAGACCUGGGGGGAGGGUUUCGGACAGGCUGUCAUCUCUCACCGCACAUAUAUUGUAGGCAACGUAACCUUCUUGAUUGUGCUAUUAGAGUUUGUGUAUGUGGCAAUGUAAAGAACUGUGUAUAGUGCAUUGUACAGCAUAUUUUCAUGAAUAAAAUUGUUUUAAAUAUUACAAGUA